AUGGCCCAGUUCAGGCUCAGUAAGGAGGGUCGGGAGCGGGUGGCUGCUGUUCUUCGCGCUUUGCUGAUCGCGCAGUUGGUUGUCUCGCUCUGUAUGGUGAUCUUUUGCUACAACACCACACAGAAAGUCAUGAUGCUGCUCAAAAAUGUUCACAAGCUGACUGUCUACCUCCUAUGCGGGCUGGUUCUCCUGCAAACGUACUGCAUGAAACUACACUACACAGCCGGUCUGCGUCUCGUAACCUUACUGCUGAGGUGUCCCUUCUGGUCUCGCGGGUCAAGAGUGGGCAAAAUUUGGCUUAUCAAUGGGCUGAUGCUCGUUGCGAAUGGGGGGCUGGUGUAUGCCGCUUGCAGGGCCACUCUGAAGGCUCUGGUGAAGGAGCUCAGCUCCUCGUUGCGAGUCGGCAUGUCUCAGUAUUUAAUUGAACCAUCCUGGAAGAAGCUCCUGGACACGAUGCAAGUAGAUUUGUGUUGUUGUGGUGCCGAUAGACCUGGGGACUGGCACGAGAUACCGUGGCUCAGCGUGGACUUCCUCAACGAGAACUCAAGUGUCGUCAUGAAAUUAGCAGGAACGGAUGGUAAAAUAUUACCGCCUGUAUCUCCGUACUCAUGCUGCACACCGCGGGUCCUAGCGCCGUGCUACCACGAUCCUUUGCAGCAGUGGUCCGACACUACAGCAUGGAGAGCAUCUCCGCUAGUGGCAGCGUCGCUGCACACGAGGGGCUGCGUGGAGGCGGUGCGUGCUCCACUCGUCAGAGCGCUGUUGGCGUUGCAGUUUUUCAACAUCCUCAUCCUUAUAUUUCAAGUCUUAAUAAUAUUACUGAUACAAUUGUUGAGUACGAGCGCGCGAGCGGCGGCUUUGCGGGGGGAGUGCGGGGGCGCGGGGCGGGGCUCGCUGUUCGGUACGCCUGCACCCGCGCCGAGCGUUGACCCUGAACGCCGCGUGGUGGCGGGCUGCACGUGGAAUGUGGGGGGCGGGCGCCGAGCCGCCGUCCGAGCGAGGAGCAGCUAUCCAUAUUUAUCAUGA